AUGCCCGAACAAUCGUCAGCAUCCGUUACAGAUUCAUGCAGUAUACAUGAUUUCGAUGAAUUGCUCUCCCUAGAUGAUAUAUUCGUUGAUUAUUUCAACGAAUAUCUUCGUUUAGGGACGUUUGUAUAUAAAAUUAAAUACAAUCGAGAAUUGAAUACAUUCAUUGAAAAACGACCUGACAAACUAUUCGAUAUCGAUGACUUGAAUCUACCUAACGAAAGUGAACAAUCAUCGAACGAUGCUGACAGGAUGAGUGUUCUUAGUGGAUUUUCGAACUCUAUCCAGUUGGACGAGAUUCCUGAUGAAAUCAUCAAAAACAACUCGAAAGCAGAACGAACUCGUCAGGCACAAGUUAUGGACUGGGUGAAAAAUGAACGGUUAGGUUUGUUUUGGCGCACGGAACUCUAUCGACAAUACAAAUUAUGUAAACUUCUACUACGUCCAUUGGCAACACAGAAAGAAGCAUCUGAAUAUUCCAGUCAAGGGAUCGGUGGUUAUAGUCGACAAAGUGUAUAUACCGCUGCUCGAACACUUUCAACAGAGAAUUCGAAUGUGAAUACGCAUGGUCAAGCGGUCACAUUCGAAGAGGGCGAAGAACAAGAGGACCUCGAAUCGAAUGAACAUUCGGCAAAUGCAAACACGAUGUUCGAUAAUAAUAUCAUGGCAUCAGAAUUUUUACGCAUGCCACGACCCAUGCCAAGACCAGGUAGUCGGGCUUAUUCUGUUCCUGCUAAUCUUGCACGUUCUCGUUCGGCAUUUUUACCGAACUUUUUCCCUAAAACUUCUUCGAAACUAUCAAAACGCUCAUCAAGUUCGAAAACCAGUCAGAGAAAGUCGAUUCCCAAGGACGAUGAAAACAUUUCUAUUAGCGACGCUAACGAACCUGGGAGUUUAUCAAUCUACAGUAGUAUCAAAGUGAGAUACUUUGAAGAAUCUGAUACGGAAGAAGACAACGAAGAUAUUGGUCAAUUUGGUUUAGAACUAGAAAGCUCAAACAAUCAAUUGAAGUAUAAAUAUCUCGGUUCGCAUAAAGGUAUGCAGGAGUUCGUUCGCUUUCUUCAGACAACCAAAGGUGGUUAUGAUUUGUAUCGCUUUUGGAUGGAUUGUGAAUUUUUCAACGAUACAAUGGCGGGUCUUGAUCAAAUUGAAAAUGUCGUUGCGCGUACACGUUUAUUUCGUGAUUUGAACGAAGGCAAAUAUCAUUUACCGUUUAUGCGUCAUCUACAGAACAAAAUUCGUCGGGCAUAUGCGGAAACAGCUGGUGUUUUAACUCAUGAUGUUUUUUACCAAGUUCAAUAUGAUGUUCUGCGCCGUCUUCGAACGUAUUGGUCAGCAAGAUUUAUCAUUCAUCAGCUCUUUCAACAACAUCAUUCAAACUUUGAAUUUCCAACAGAAUUAAAACCACCAGCGAAAGUUUGUCUUUAUCCAAUUGAUCAGCGCGCACAAGCCAAUCUUGUUGAAAUGACACGUGUCUUCCUGUCGGAUGAUUACACAACUAAUGAGAAGAUAAUUCCGGAUAUGAAAACCGACGAUUUCCAAGACGAUAGCGAACAAUCGUUUAACAAUGAAUUCAUGAGACGAUAUACAAAUAUUAUUCGAAAAGAUAAACAAGCAGGUGGACUUUUUCUACGUUAUUUAACAUUCAGUGAACGCCGAUUAUUACCUCUAAUACUUUUCUGCUACGAUGUGGACGACUUUCGCUACUCGAAUUUAGAUGAUAAGAUUCUCGAAAGUCAACAUGGUUUAUCUAUAUUGAAUACGUACUUUGGUAAUUCAGCGAAGUUGUCUCUCGAUCAAUUUAUGCCUGACAUUCAAAUCAAUCGCUGGGUUGAGACAUUUCAUCAGUAUAAAUUCGAUAAAUUGACAUUUGAACCACUAUUUAAGCGAGCACUACUAAUUCUCAAGGGUGCUUGGUUACGGUGUAUAAAAGAAGACGUAAAUAGUUUCACACUUGCUUAUUAUAUAACAACCCCACCUGGGGCGUCGAUUAACGGAAGUGAUAGUGAAGAUAACAAAUUGGAACAAGAAGAAAUCUAUGAUGAUGAAUUGACAGAGAAUGAUGAAGAACAGUUUUCUGUCUUGUCACGAAAACGAAUCAAACGAAUCUGCACACCGGAAACGGAAAUUCAACUGUCGGAUGAUACGAUUUACGUCAAACGUCCAUGGUUAGAUCGAUUCCUUUCAUCAGCCACACGAAGAAGUAAGCGAGCUGGAAAUGAACGAGAGUUAACCGAAGAGGAACGAGAACGUCUGCGAGCUGAACGACUUGAACGAUUACGUCUCAUCGAAUUAAAUCGAAAGAAAGCAUUGCGAGCAGCUAGAGAACGACGUCGAAAAGCGAAUGAAAAAGGACAAGAUGGAGAUGAAGAGGGUAAAACUCGACGAUUUCCGGGACUUUACAUCGAUGAACUAUUGCCAACAGCAACAGCAUCUCUGGUCAAAGAUGUACAACGUCUAUUGCUAACUACUUUCAAUCGAUCUAUCAAAUCAAGUAAGACAGCAGCAGCUAAGUUAGAACAUAAGCUUUGUCUUGUCUUUGAAAUUGUCAAGUUAAUGGAAUUAACCAAUCCAUAUGAAAAGCAGCAAAAUAUCGAUCGAUUGAGAAAAAUCUACUUCGAUUCUCAUUCGAAACGAAAUAUUCUACCAUUGACCGUGGAACAGAAUGAGAUACUCGCUGCUAACAAUGGCCGCCCCGAUAUGAAUCUAUUUCAACUUCUCUUUCACGAUCUUCGUGCCGAAUUAGAAGAUGAAUUCAUUCGUUUUGGCGAAGAACGUAUUAAACUAUUUGGACUUGAUUCAAUCGAUGAUUUCAUGUUGAAAACACUCGAUGAAUUAACUGCACUAUUCAAUAGCGUCGAAGAUGGUUUCGAACUCGGUGAUGAUGACGAUGAUGAUUUUCAAGCGUUAUUUGAUCCAGAUGCGGGUAAAUCGACAUCCAAUGACGAUGGAACAGGUAAAGCAACAAAGAAACACUACACUGAACUAUAUCAAUUGUUAACUGAUGCGACAAUUGGCCGUUAUAACGAACGAUUUUAUUAUUUCUAUGCAUAUCUGACACAUUGGGUUGAUCCACAAAGGGCACCCUAUCUGGAUCAAGAUCUCUUAUAUUGCAUCGAUGUAAAUCGCUUGAAAGAAAUUGCUAAUGAUGCAUUAUAUCAACAAAAAGUACGUUAUAUUCUUGAUAUCUACUUGGAAUCGACUACUUCAACCAAUAGUUACACAUGCCAUCUGGAUUUAGCAAAUACAGAUUUGCAAGUUCGCAUGUUGAAAGCCUUACAGAAAUAUUUAACUACUGGUGCCAAUGAUUUCAGUUCGUUAGAUGAAGCACGAAGCAUUUUAAUUAAAGAUGUACUCGUUUAUUACUAUGCUGGUUUUAAAGCAUAUUUGAUGCGCUUAGAUGCUAAUAGAAAGCGUCCGCGAUACGUCGUUAAAUUAGAGGAAAAACUAAAUCUUCAUCAACAACAACGCGCUGAAAAAAUAGAACGAGCAAGUGCACGUGCAUCACCGACAACUGCUGCUAAGAAUAUCUCAACACAAAAAGCUCCACCACUUCAAUCCAAACAAGGAAAACCAACAACACCUGUCGAUAUUACGGUUAUGACAAAAACUCAACGUUUGCUCAAUGAGCGAGUCAAAGCAUUCGAAACUAUGGAGCCCGCCAAAGUCAACGAUGUGGCAUUUCCAGAUGUAACAAAAGCUGCAAGCAUAGGAUCAGCAGCAACUAAUAGCAAACUACGAAGUAUAAAUACUCAAGAUGUACAAGUUGCGAGUACCGAAAGAAUUAAUAGUGAGAAAGAGAAGCAGCAUCGUGGACCUAUCACAGUUCAAUAUACAUUAACAAGUGGUCUUACAAUAAAAUAUUCUGAUGGAAGAUCAGCAAUCGAAGGAGUUCAUACUGGAUCGGGUAUUUCCUUGCAUGCACCGCGAUCCAGUAUGGCGCAUUCAGCAGAAAGUACCAAUGAUCAAUAA